UAGAUAAUAAAAUAUGAAAGUCAUGCUGAUUCUAAAUCAGUAUAUAAUGCAAACAUUUUGAAAAGAUAAAAAAUAUUUAGGUUGUAUUUCUCGCAUUUAUUUCCGUUCUCAUUAGAAUUAUACUGAUAGCAAUGGUUACUGACCAAUGCCUUACACACACACAACGCUUAACAAUACUAUGUGACUGAUAACAAUUAAAUGAAAAUAGUGACAGGGUAACAGGUUGCCUAAGCUAAGUCUGGGUUUAAAUGAUAAGAUAUUGAACAAAAAUAUUUUUUUAUAAUUUUUAUUCACACAUAAUUACUAACUGAUUGAUUUGUAAGUUUUCUUAUCUAAUUAGAUAUUUUAUGAAAAAAGUACCCCAAAUUUAUGUGAUCAAAUGACAAAAGCAAACAAAUUCAGUUUGUCCGUAGCAGUCAACGUUAAAAGUAGGUUUUCUCUUUUAAGGGAAAAUCUUUAAUUCAAAAAAACUUCCCUUUUAACACUAUGCCUCCUCCAGGCCGUGUCGGUUUUGGUGGUCCACCACCUCCCUAUAACAGAGGUCCACCUGGUUGGGGUCCUCCACCACCAAGACCUGGUCCUUCAGUUGGAGUCAAUGUAAACGUGAACACCAGACCACCACCGCCGAUAGGUGGAGUUGUUGUGGUAGGUGGUAUGGCUCCUCCACCUUUAAUAAUAGGUGCUUCUAUGGCACCACCACCUUCAACAACGGUAGUAGUAGGAGGUGGUGCACCACCACCACCACCAUCAUCAACAGUAGUUGUAGGCUCUCAGCCAUCCCAGGCAUCUGUGAUUGUUAAUCAACCUCCACGUCCUCAGGCGGUCGUAUAUACUAGCGGCGGUUGUUGCACUAUAUUGUGAAAAUUUGAUUUUGUUUUAUAUACAUUUAGUUGUAGUUGUAAUUUAUGUUGUAAGUGUAAUGUGAUGUGUAUAUACAUUAUAAUUUGUGGUAUUACUUUACUUUUAGUUUAAUAAAAUUCAAUUUAAGAAAAAAAAAUUGUGAAAAAAUCUAUUUCAAAAGCUGAAAAUAAAACUUUCAUCAAUAAUGCUAUUGUGGCAAUGUGUUUGUUAAUAACUUAAGUUUAUGUGUUCUGUUCUGAAUCAUCUAUCUGUUCUUUAAUACGAAAUUAGAAAAAGCAAUUUAAGUAUACGAAAAAAAGCACAUGAUUGUAUAUAUUGGCAACAUUUGCCAUAGAAAAAUAUAAUUUAGAAGUUAUACCUUGAGGCAUCAAUAUAAAAAUGACAUGCAAUUGUAGUCAUUGCCUUUUUUGUAUAAUAUAAAUGGGAGUUCAUAUGAAUAUUGUUAUAAAAAUGUAUAAAAAGCUGCAACAAAUGCAAAAUGUUUAUGUUAGAACCCAAUCAAAUUUGGGACAGUUUUUUUGGGUACAAUAUUAUGUUGCAAAAUGAACAUGAUAAACAAAUGACUCAAUUUGGGUAGAAAAGAAAAUUAAACAUAUAUUCCAUUUAAAUUAAAAAAUAGUACCGUUUUGGUACCAAAACAGUAUUUGUUUUAGUAAAAAUUUUAAGGUACUUUAAAGUUAUCAAAUGUUUUGGAAAAUUUAGGAAAAUCCAAUGUGACUAACACUUGCUGUAUUUUGCUAUGUGAAAGGUAUCAAAAAAGUACUAUCGACACUAUAUUGUCCAUUUCCACUCUGGUAUUUAAAGCAAAAAAUAAGAACAUGUUCAAUGAUAAAACUUGCUGUGGAAAAAAAGAAACAUGCUGUUGCAACUAGAGAAAGAGAAUUAAAACGAACAUUGAAAUGCAGUCAUACAUACACCCACUGGCACACAUACUCACAUACAUAUACAUAUAUAUUAAAUGCACUCACAGUGGACAGACAAAGAUAUGCACGUUUAAACAAGAGUAUACAUGUCAAAUAGAAAUUAGCAUGAAUAUGCAUAUAACAGUGAAUGCAAUACAAACAAGUGCAAAAAAAAAAUGAAAAUAAAAUUAGAAUAACAACAAAGAAAGAAAGUAGAAAAAAUGCAAAUUGAAAAAUUGGAAAUUAUUUUUGAUAUUCAAGCAAACUUACACAAAAAUACACCAACAAACAUAAAUAAUACAACUAAGUGGUAAUAGGGACAAGGACACCUUUGAUAUAAAACUUUGUUGUGGGUGUUCUAAAAAAAUAUAUAUAUACAUAUAAUUAAAAUUUUUCAUUUUAACAUAAAUUUUAUAUUUUACAUUACCACUUUUUUCAGGGUUAAUUCUUCCUCAGCAAAUACUGGGGUCAUAC